CAAACCCCGAGCGGGAAAUCGCCCCUAGCAAUCGUCAUGAUCAAGUCCCGCAUCCUCUGGAACUUUUUGGCACUUUGCUCUCUUCCCCAAUCUAGCAAACAACGCCUAACAUACAAAAUCUGAUAUUGCCAUCCAAGAUCGACUCGCACAUCACGAUUCCUACAUAUUCUCCCUCGCACGGCAUCACAGAAUACACAGCACCUGAAAAUGUUCUCGAGAACGGUCUGCGCGGUGUCACGUCGAGCUCUGGCAACCUCGGUCCGGCCACUCGCCCCCCCGGCGCCCCGACAGAUUGCGCCCUUGGUCGCUCAACCACAAAAACGCCAAUACCACGAGAAGGUCCUCGAUCACUACUCGCGCCCGCGCAACGUCGGCACAUUAGACAAGACGGAUAAGUCGGUGGGCGAGGGCCUGGUGGGCGCGCCAGCCUGUGGCGAUGUGAUGCGGCUCCAUAUUAAGGUCGACCCAGAGACAAAGGUCAUCAGCGAUGUGCGGUUCAAGACGUUUGGUUGCGGCUCCGCAAUCGCUUCCUCGAGCUACCUCACAGAGUUGGUCCGCGGCAUGACCCUUGAUCAGGCCUCAAAAGUGAAGAACACCGAGAUUGCCAAGGAGCUGUGCCUGCCGCCGGUCAAGCUCCAUUGCAGUAUGCUUGCUGAGGAUGCAAUCAAGUCGGCGAUCAACAACUACUACAAGAAGAACCCCGACGCCAGGCCUACCAACCUCGCCGGGAGGGAAGCCAAGCUCGAGUCAGCGGCGGCAUGAGCCGUGGGUGAGGAUGGGACUGGAGGUUGUUCACACAGUAACAGGUAGUUAAGGAGCGGUGGAAACGGCAUUUCUAAGUGUCGUUGAAGUAUCAUCGAGGUUUUCUGAAUCUGGUAUGGAAUUUGG